UUGUUUGAAAAAAAUCCAUCGCGAUCGCGCGCAUGGUUGUUUAGAAAAGUGUAACUUUUUGAGAGUAACUUUUAAGAUGAGUUCUUCAGAUAUAUCCAGUGUGACGGACCAAUUGGCCAAGACAAAAGUUGACGAACAAAAUGAGCUUAGUUUUAAAGGGAAGGGAUUAAAGUUGAAUAAUGCAGAUGAUGCAAAAGAUUUGGUCACAGAGAUAGAAAAUUGUCAAGUGAUGACGGCACUUCGAAUGGAAGGAAAUACACUUGGAGUUGAUGCAGCGGAGGUCAUUGCAAAAGCGUUGGAGAAACACCCAGAGUUUCAGAGAGCUCACUGGAGUGACAUGUUUACUGGUAGACUGAAAACUGAAAUACCCCAGGCUUUGGAGUUUUUAGGAGCAGCGAUAAUGAAGGCUGGGGCAGGACUAGUGACGCUGGAUCUGAGUGACAAUGCCUUUGGUCCUAAUGGUGUGGUGGGACUCGUGAAUCUGUUAAAAAGCUCAAGCUGUUACACGCUACAGGAGUUACGUCUAAACAACAAUGGCCUGGGUAUUACAGGAGGAAAGAUGUUGACAGAUUGCCUAACAGAAUGUCAUCAGAACAGUGUAAAAGCAGGAAAACCUCUCAAAUUGAAAGUCUUUGUCUCUGGUCGAAAUCGAUUAGAAAAUCCAGGAGCAACUGCACUAGCUGCAGUGUUUAAAGCUCUGGGUUCUCUUGAGGAGGUGGCUAUGCCACAGAAUGGUAUAAAUGCAGAAGGCGUCACAGCUCUGGCAGAGGCAUUUGCAGAAAAUAAGAAUCUGAGGGUGAUGAACCUUAGUGACAACACAUUCACACACGCAGGGGCCAAGAACAUGGCCAAAGUUUUACCAAAGUUGCAGAAUUUAGAAGUAAUAAACUUCGGGGAUUGUUUAGUACGGACAGAUGGUGCUAUAGCUUUGUCACAUGCACUGAAAGAUGGUCAUCAAAAGCUGAAGGAGUUGAAUUUAUCUGGAAAUGAGAUCAACAAACAAGGAGCUAGUGCUGUGGCAGAAAACAUGGAGAACAAACUUAACUUAACCAGACUAGACCUCAACUGUAACAUGCUGGGUGAGGAGGGAAUUGAGGAGGUGCGAGGAACAAUGGAGGCCAUCGGUAAACUGGACAUCCUCGCGUCACUAAGUGAUGAUGAAGGGUCAGAUGAUGGGGAAGGAGAAAACCAAUAUGUUGAGGAAGAUGUAGCACAAGACAUUGUGGAAGGGGAGGAAAUGAAUGACCCAGCACUACAGGUCAAGGGCAAGGCCAUUACUCCCAACAAACAGACAACAGCAAAAGACUUCUUGGCAUUCCCAUCUCCAAACAAACUGCUGCAGCUUGGUAGUGGAAGAGCACAGGCCCUCAGAGAGGAACUAGGGGCUGAUGUGAAUGAUAUUGAAAAAGCAGUUCAUACUUUUAUGAAGAUUUCUAGUGUAGUGACAAUGGAGGACACAAAAAUUAAAGAGGCAGCUUGUGACUGUGCAGACCAAAUCAUUGAGGAAGCUGUGAAAUGUAACAGAGAGAAUGAUGCAGUCCUUCUUUCUAACACAAUACUGGUGUAUAUGGGUGUGUUAAAGGGUGAAGAUAAGAGCUACAAGCCCCCAAGUAAUAUUACUGGACCACUUUUGGUAUUGGAACAUAUUGUACGACAACCUUACUUCCCCAAGUUCUCAAGAGAAAUGUUACAAGCCUUCUGCAGCAAACCUCAUCCUCUUCUUGAUUCAGCCUCACAAGCCAGACAUAAACUUUUACAGACUCUUUAUGCAUUCUGAGGAAGUUAUGCAUAUGUGAACAUUGAAUUGAGCUAGGAUAAAGACUGACUCGAAUGUAGUGAAACUUUUUAUGUAUGUGAAUGCUGAACAGCUAGGAAAGCAAAUUAAACUUGAAGACAUCAACCAACUUGAAUAUGGUGAAACUUUUUAUGUAUAUGAACAUUGUACAGCUAAGAAGUGAAUUAAACUUUGAAGACAUCAACCAACUCAAAUAUGGUGAAACUUUGAUAUGUGUUGAUGUUACCAUAGUAAUGGAUUGAAUUUCACUUCAUUUGUAUAUGUAUGUAGGAAAAAAAAUUAAAAUUAUCACCUUACAAAAUAGAGAAAACAAAUUUGUUUUAUUAUGUUAUUUAUGUCCAUCUUUAAAGAGGAAUAACACAUUUUCCUAAUGGCCACUUCCUUUCAAAUCAUAAAUGAAAACAUAGGUAUCAGCUGUCUAUUCUGUGUCCUUUUAAAUCUUACUGCCUAGCCAUAUAGCUCAGUGGAUUAACAUGUUAGACUAUCUGUUUGUAGCCCAUGGGUCUAGCAGGGUUUUAGUUUUUUUCCAGGUUACUUUCUACUGAAGCUUCAUUUUUUCACUAAAGGUAAAUUUAAACUUUUCAAUUUCAAAAUACCAUCGUACAUAUCCUCCACUUUUCAUCUGUUACUGUAACAGUUUUCUGUGUUAUUCCUAAUUACUGGAUGAUGCAAGUUUUUACCAUUACUUUGUUAAAUUUCAUUACUAGGUUUUAUUUUGCAUAUUAUGUUUUACGUAAUAAAAUAUUGUAAGGUUGG